AUGCUGAAUCAAACUGCGGAAGUAACGAAACCGCGUUUUUUCCUUCAAGGUGGUCAGUCGGUGCCCAACAGUAGGGAACCGGCGCGAGCCAGCGACCGCCUCUUCCAGUCGUUUACCCGCGAACAGGCUGCCGCAGCUCUCGUUCAACAACAACAACAGCAAGCCGCGCAACAACAGCAAGACAAUGGCGAAAGACCUCCGUCCGUCAUCAGUGUCGACCUCGAUGGCGACACGGCCAAUUCGAAAAGCCUAACGAUCAAAGAAUUGGCAGACACUGUGAUCGCACACGAUUUCGGGGCGGCGGCCGCAGCCGCGCGUCAAUCGGCAGCCUGCGGCCCUACCUACUAUCAUCACCCCCACCACGACGCGUGGAAACGUCACGUCCAACAGAAGGAACAGGAGGGAAAGCGAUCGAUCACCCCCCAUGACGAACGUCAAAUAAUACGGAUCGCUCAAGCCCAAAAAUACCACGUCGAACCUGUCUCCCCACCGGAAAGCAACCAUUGGUCCGAGCAAAACUACAGGCGAUACCAACAGCAGCAACAACUACAACAGCAACAGCAGCAGCAACAACAACAACAGUCGCACAAUAUGUCCGCACUCGAUUAUGUCAAGAACAGGAUUGUGGAGGUGAUGAGAACGGAGGACGAUAAGAAGGAGGUGCAAGAUGGCGUUAAUAUGCACGAUAAAGACAGAAGUGAUAGUCCAGGUGAUAUGGUGAUCGACGAGGAGAAGCACGAGAGCGAGCAGCAACACCAGCAACCCCCCACGGGAGCUUACGGCUCUUACUCUUACAUGACGCACAAGCAAAGUGAUAACGCGGGGGUGAACGAUGCUGCCAGGAACGUCGAACCAAAACCACUGCUUUCUGCGCAGUAUGAACCCCUUUCAGACGAAGAUUAGACGAUAAUGUCAUCGACUAAAGUGAUUGAUUUCGAUCGAUUUUUUGUUGGAUUUAUUAAAAAUAAAAGAAGAGUGGGGUACGUUUCGAUAAAAAAUAACUUCUCUUUUGUUAAGGAUGAUGGCUAAUUGGACUUGAAGAUAGAAGAAUUUGUUUCGUCAUCCUCUACUAUAAAAGUCUGCAAUGGCUUCUUAUUCGAAAAUUAUUUUGAUCUCAAACGGCAUCGGUGUGUGGUUUUCAUUCAUAAAUAACUUCUGUUGCAAUGUUUCGAACUACAACGACUGCCUCCUCGUUGUGGCGCGUAAACGCAGAUGCUGGUCUACAAUAUUGAUGAUGGUGGUCUUCUCUUCGUCGUACGUGGUUCGAGUUCGAUGACAAUUAUUGUUAUGUAGAAGCUGUUGUGUCCUGGAUGAAUCAGUAAAAAACGGGGACGAUUUACGUGUUGUGUAUUUCUUUCUUAUUAUUUUUUUUUGUUUUCGUUUUUGGACAUAGAAACGUGACUAUGGAAGGAACGACAAGUUCGUUUUUUGUACAUAACAUAAUU